AUGUCAGACCCAAAUUUCCACAUCACCACACCACGACUCUACCUCUCCUACGCCGAUCCAUCCAAUGAAGCCCACGUUGAUUUCUCCCUGGACCUCGUAAACAGCGCACCCACACUCCGAUCCCAAGGCUCCACAGGCAACAGCGCCGCCGACCGCGCCGCCGCGCGAAAACGCAUCGCCGACACAAUGACGAGCCUGAAAAACAAAGGUUUCGGCCGCUACUUCGUCUGGCUGCGACCCGAAACCUCCUCUUCGGACGCAUCAACUCCGUUCUCCGAGCGCAGCCUCACUCCCAUCGGAUCCGUAGGUUUGCAGCUCGCCCGCCUCGACGGCAUCAAAGCGCCCACAAUCCCGGACGUCGGCUUUAUUUUCCUGGAAAAGUACCAAGGGAAAGGGUAUGCGGCUGAGGCUGUGGCGGCACUGAUGAAGUAUUAUGAGGAGGAGAAGGGGGUUAGUGCUUUUUCGGGGUUUACAAAAGAAGAUAAUGAGGGGGCGAGGGGGUUGUUUCGGAGGCUGGGGUUCACGAAUCAUGGGGUUAGGAGGGUUAGUGGGAUUAUGUGGAGUGGAGAAGAUAUCGAGGCGGAUACGUGGACUUGGGGGUUGAAGGAGGGGCAGGAGUUGGGAGAGUUGGGAAUUUGA